GCAAAAUUUGGAUCAACUUUUACCAUGUAUUGAGCCUUCUAAUCUUACAAUCUUUUUCUGAUUAACCCCUUGACUUUCAAUUAGGUUUUGAGAUUUUUAUUUUGCAUUGAUCUACAGAUAAAAAUUUGAACCCAUGACGCAUUAGGUUAAGAUAGAUUAGAGUGUAAAACACAAGUGCAGCUUUUAAAAACGUCCUUAACUGAACUGAAUGGACAUAAUAACCCUCAACUAAGCUGAAAGUGGGCCUAUAUACAAGCCCAUAUUAAGUUUAAUUGGGCCAUUUUGGGAUGGACCUCUCUCGAGUCUCUUCUUUCUCGUUUCUUCUUCAUCCUUAGGCCUUAGGCCCAUAUAUACCAUCAUUUCCCAAACGCGCUCUUAAAAAAAAAAAACAAAAGAAAAAAAAAAGGGAAAAUCAAAACUCAUUUAUCUCCCGCCAAGCAAACGAACCAGAGAAAAUGAGAGAGAACCAAACACCGCUCAAGGACCUAUCCCGACCUGCAAAGCUCGUGACUCCCGUUCCCAAGAAGAAGAUUCCGAAGAAGAGCUUGAACACCGUCUUUUCCGCAGUUUCCGAAGACGAACCGGUGGAGAAUUUCAAGCUUUCAGUCGAUUACACUCCUGUUUCUGCGAAUUCCAAUGUUUCAGUGGAUUUCACUCCGAGUUCUGUGAUUUCUGAUGUGGAUUUCACCGAGAGUCUGAUGCUGAUGCCGGAUCCACCUUUGUCGGCUUCAUCAGAGAUAUUGUUUCAGUCCGAUCUCUCACCGUCUCCGGAGGCUAGUGUUAAUAAGAAAGGACCGGGCAAUGUCUCUCUGAGUAUUCGUAAAUCGAGCGAAUUUGAUGGAUCGAACUUUGGUUCUGUGGAGGCUGACAUUGUAGCUAGAUUUCUCAGGCAAGCGCGGUCUCAGGUCUUAAAUUCUGAGCUGGAUACUAAAUCUAAGAAGAUUCUGGAUGCACUGGUUGAGAUUGUCAUAGGGGAGCUCCACACUUCACCUGCAGAGAGGGACCGGCUUGCUGAACUUCUGUCGGCAAAAGCUUACAUAACGAUGGCGUGUUUCGUGUUCUGGAUGAUUGCAUUGGGUGUAUGGGUGUUCAGCUCUGGAAGCCGAAGCAAUUUUCGUGGACCUCUGCCUACUUGAUCAAGCCUGAGCGGACACUGGAGAACAGGUGAAGGACGGGAUAAGCGUCUACUGUGAGAUCAACUUGCUGGAGCGAACCAAUCAAAUCGCGCCAAUGAGUGGUCUGGACCAAAAGGUGAAUGUCUUAUUUUUAAUCUUGAAAAUAAUUUUUAGAUUAAUGAUACAGUGAAAGAAGAAGAGAGCUAGCUGUACUUAAAAGCAAAGAUUCUGGUUGGGUAUAAUACACAAGGGGAGAAGAGUUUGCUGUUGUUUAAACUUUAAAGUAGUGAUUGGCAUGAUUAGAGGGAAAAACACUAAGAGCCACGGAUGAAGAUUCUGUGUUGCAAUCAUUGGUUUGGUUAUGUUCUUCAAUCUUCACCCUAAACAAAUUUAUCAUAACGCCAAAAACCUAGUUUAAUCACAUAGUAGGGCAUAUCUAGGUGCCCAAUUAACAUGCCACAAGUUUGCUUUUGUUUCUUAGAAUUCUAUUACAUCCAUACUUGGAGAACAAUUUAUAUGUAACAGAUUUCUAUCUCCGUCUCUCUGCAUCUCACAUCAUCUGAUCAAUCAUAUUAUGAGAUAUGUAGAGAUAAGAGGUAAAAAAUCCUUUAACGGACCCGUACUUCUCGCUCUGCAUCUUACACCACAUUAUAAGCCACAUCCCGAAAGAUAUAAAAGGACGGAAAACAAGACCCAUUAGAGGUAAGUUUUUGCCCACUAGGUUCGUGCUGUAUUUGCUAUAGAGAUUAGAGAUGUAAAAAAAAAAAGAUAUUUAUAGGGCUAGUUCGGUAUGGGAUACGAACCGAAAAUGGCAUACCAUAUCCUGAAUCGAAAAUUUUCAGGACAAAAAUCCGACGACCGAUCCUGAACUGAAACUUCGGGAUUCCAGAAAUAUUUUUGGUAUUUCAGGAUUUCCCGAAACCGAACCUGCAUCAAAAUCCAAAUCAACUAGAUUGAAAUUGAAAUCAUUUGAACCUACAUUAAAACCCCAAAUU